UAUCCGUACAAUUACUGUCUCUCUAUUUCAUUCUAAAGUAACAUUAAAAAAAAAAAACAGAAGCGAUGACUCGUUGGAUAUUUCUCUUCUGGAUUCAAUUAUUUACGGUAGUACUUUGCGAGUACAAAGAUUCGGAAAGCUUCUGCGCCGCACAGCAAACUUGCAAAUACUGUUUGCGAACUCCGCGCUGCGUUUGGUGCUCCACUCCGGUAUCUAAUCAGAAUGUGAGUGGUCCGCUGGUUCGCUGUGUCACGAGACAAAAAUUUUUGAACGAAGGCGAUCACUGGUGUAAAAAAUCGGAUGUGAUAGAUGCAGCUAGUACGAUGAUUUUGCUCGAAGAUCAGCCGCUGUCUUCUGCAAAAGGCAGAGAUCCUGUUCAAGUUCAACCUCAGCGAGUUCAAUUACGACUCCGGCGAGGAAAGUAUCAUUGUUUCUAUUUAAAAGAUAUUAGUUGCAAUCGACUGGUUCAAUCUACAGGCGAAGAAUACCGAUUGACCGUUAAGUACAGCCAAGCGGAGGAUUAUCCUGUGGACCUGUAUUACCUGAUGGACUUAUCGGCCUCCAUGGAACGUCACAAAGAUCAAUUAUCGAAACUGGGACUUCAACUUGCGGAAGCUAUGAGGAAGCUCACUUCGAACUUUCGUUUGGGAUUCGGCAGCUUUGUGGACAAGGUUGAACUGCCUAUGACCAGUACGCAACCGGAAAAAUUAAAAUCGCCAUGCACUUUGAGCGAAACGAAAAAACCUUGCGCCUCUCCUUAUGGUUACAAGAACCAGAUGCCUCUUACCGAGAACUUAAAAUCUUUCAAAAGUCGCGUACAAGAGGCACCAGUGUCUGGUAACUUGGAUUCGCCUGAGGGUGGUUUAGACGCGAUGAUGCAAGCUAUGGUUUGCACCAAGGAAAUUGGCUGGAGACAGAACGCUCGACGUCUCAUAGUUUUCUCAACGGAUGCCGGCUAUCAUAUCGCCGGUGAUGGUAAACUUGCGGGUAUCAUCGAACCGAAUGAUUGUCUUUGUCAUUUGGAUGAGAAAGGAUUUUAUACGCACUCGCUCCUUCAGGAUUACCCAUCCGUGUCUCAAAUUAACAAAAUAGCACGCGAGCGCAAUAUAAACAUCAUAUUCGCGGUUAUUGGUAAGAAGAAUUCGACUUAUCAGUCGUUGAGUCAAAGGAUUAGCGGCUCUUCUAUUGGAACUAUAGAACGUAAUUCCCAGAAUGUAGUUGCACUCGUCAGUGGGGAGUACGAGAAACUGGUUAACUCUAUAACAAUGACAGACGAUGCACCGAAAACGAUAGACGUGAAAUAUUUCUCGCGAUGUUUAGAAGAGAACGGUGAACUGAAGGAACGACGAGAGUGCGGAGGAUUACGAGUAGGAAAUAUCGUCGAAUUCGAAGUAACGUUGCAGGCGACUGAAUGUUCUGCGAAUUCUAACGAAUCGCAGACGAUUAUACAUAUUAAACCAAGAGGCUUAAAUGAAAGUUUGACCGUCGAUUUGAACAUUAUUUGCGAUUGCCCUUGCGAGCACCCAGGCCAUCCGGGAUACGUCGCGGAUUCGGAAGAUUGCAGAGGGAACGGCAGCCUAGUUUGCGGUGUAUGCUCGUGUAACUACGGGUUUUACGGGAAGCAGUGCGAAUGCGAGGGUAACGAAGCCGGGGCCGAGAGCACAGCUGCCAUGGCUGAUUGCAAGCCCGACAACGAGACUACGGAAAUCUGCAGCGGUCACGGUACCUGCAAAUGUGGCGUUUGCGAUUGUGCGAAGCGUCCGAAUCCGCAGGAAGUAUUCUACGGGAAAUACUGCGAGUGCGAUAAUUUCUCUUGCAAACGCAGCGGAGGCUUGGUUUGUGGCGGGCGCGGUAAAUGUGAAUGCGGUACUUGCAAUUGCUUGCCGGGUUGGGGCGGUGAAACAUGCGACUGCAAAGAGACGAAUAGCACAUGUAUGGCUAGUAACGGCGAGAACACAGAGAUUUGCAGCGGACGAGGUGACUGCGUUUGCGGUAGUUGCCUCUGUCAUGAAAAGGACAAUAUCCGAUACUCGGGGCAAUACUGCGAAGAAUGUCCUAUAUGUCCCGGACAACGAUGCGAGGAAUUGAAGAACUGCGUGGAAUGCGUGGUGCAUAAUGCCGGGCCUUACGCUGAAGGCGGAAAGUGCGACCAAUGUUUGCACCAAAUUGACAUUGUAAAGAAGGUGGAGGAAGAUCCGGAGAAAGAUCAAGAUACCGGAGCUCACGUUUGUCGAAUCACAGGCGACACUGGGUGCACGUUCGUGUUCAAGUACGAAUAUUACAGAGGCGGUAGUGGUGGAGAUAUUAAGAUAUUUAAUAUUAUCGCUGAGAAAGAGAGAACGUGUCCUAAGCCUAUUAAUGUUGUCGGUGUUGCCGUCGGAUUAAUAGUCAGCACCGUGAUCAUCGGUUUCUUGAUUCUUCUCGUUUGGAAAAUAUUGACUAUGAUUCACGACAAGCGGGAGUUUGCGAAAUUUGAAAAGGAACGAGCUAUGGCCAUAUGGAGAACGGGGGCGAAUCCGCUGUAUAAACAAGCCACUUCAACGUUUAACAAUCCGACGUUCCAAGCAGAUAAUAAGAAUUAAAUUUUAAAUGCAAUUUCGCGAGCGCAAGAUACAUAAAUAUUUUCCUACAAGCGCACGCUUACUUAGAUUGAACAUACGCAGUGUAUACACAUGUUCUGACAAGUAGCGCCGCAUGAGCGGAACAAGAAGACGCUAUCUUGGCUAAUUGCUUUGCAAGUAGACAAUGCUCUCAUCUGAUACCAAACAUACUGCUUACUUCGAGUUCACUUCAAAUAUUUAUUUUAAUAAAUUCGAUAAAUCGGUUUAUGACGUAGAUACAAACGAAGACUAAAGAAAUUAAAUUCAUGUAAGAAAUA